AUGAAAACACCCACCACCGCGGCGGCCUCGCUGCUGGCCGUGCUCGGCGCCCUGCCGCCCUGGGUGCAGGCUCAGGAUGGCGAGGCCUGGUACAAGGCGCAUCCGUCCAUGGCCCGCAUCAGCCUCGUGAACCAAGACUCGCAUCAGAUCAUCGACGAGUUCGGCCGCACACGCUUCUUCCACGGAACCAAUGUCGUCAUGAAGGAGCCGCCGUGGUACCGCCCGUUCGAGUGGCAGCCCAGCCGCUCGUCCUUUGGCAAGAAGGACGUCGAGAACCUGCGGGACCUGGGCCUCAACGUCGUGCGCCUGGGCCACAGCUGGGCCGGCGCCGAGCCCGUGCGCGGCGAGUACAACCAGACGUUCCUGGACAUCAUGAAGCAGCAGACCAAGCUGGCCGAGGAUCACGGCAUCUACGUCCUCGUCGACGUGCAUCAGGACCUUCUCGCCCGGCAGCUGUGCGGCCACGGCGCACCAGACUGGUUCGUCAAGCCCGACUGGAUGACGGGUUGGAUGAAGUACCCCUUCCCCCUCAAGCUGUCGCCCUUCCCUACCGACGCAGAAGGCUUCCCGACGCCGGCCUCGAUCUGCAACACGGUCGACUGGGGCCUGAGCUACACCUCCAAGGCGGUCGGCAACGCCUUCGGCCGGCUGUACAACAACCACGACGGCCUCGGCGAUGCCUUCGCCGCCUACUGGAGGAAGCUCGCGUCGGGCUACGCGAAGACGAAGAACGUGGUCGGCUACAACCUGCUGAACGAGCCGUGGGUGGGCGACACGUGGGCGGAUCCGACCUUGCUCAUCCCCGGCGUCGCUGACGGCAAGAACAUGGAGGGGUUGUGGAACCGGGUGACUAAGCAGAUCCGCACCGUCGACGACGACACCCUCGUCUGGUUCGAGGGCGCCACGCUCGACAUCAACUCGGGCUUCAGCAACGUGCCGCUCGCCGACGGCUCCAAGUCGGUUCACUCCUACCACUACUACCGCCCGCCGCAGAUCGGCUCCAUUUCCAACACGCUCAAGAACCGGCACGAGGACAACGUGCGUCUCAAGACGGCCGGCGUCCUGACGGAGCUCGAGUUCUGGAUGGGCGACGAUGCUCAGAUGCAGCGUCUGGACGAGGCCAUGACGGCGACGGACGAGCACAUGGUCUCCUGGAUCGGCUGGGCCUACGAGAACCUGUACAACCGCACCUCGGGUGAGCCGCACCCGCCGCUGGCGAAGCACUACAGCCGCGCCUACCCCGCCGCCGUCGCCGGCACCCCUCUCGGCUUCGGCUUCGACGCCCGCUCGAGGACGUUCAAGUUGCGCUUCACCUCCAACCCGGCCAUGCACGCGCCUACCGAGAUCAUCCUCCCCAGAUCCCAGUUCCCCAACGGCUACAACGUCCAGGUCCACCCCUUCGGCAGCCUCGUCUCGUUCCCGCGCGACCCCCGUACGCUGGCCUUGUUUACGUCGUCGAAUUUGAAGUACGCGACGGAGAUUACUGUCGUGAUUACUGCCAAAUGA